UCAAAACAAAUACGUUCGCGGUUGAUUGUGCUGCUACCUAAAUUCAACUGUUUCAAGAAUUGCAGCGCAUUCAAGCUUUAAAAAACUCUUCCAUGUAAUCGAAAAAGUUACCAGCAUUAACGUUGCCAUAAUGGCCGGCCAUAUUUGUCGCAUUUGUUUGGAAAGUGCCAUCUGUGUGAUGUCUGUUUUUGCCCAGUGGGAAGGAACCGAAGCCGAAGGAACAUCGUUCGUCGCUCAGAUCAUAACCGAGUGCACCUCGGUGCAGAUAAUUGAAAAUGAUGGUCUUCCGGAAAAUAUUUGCCAACGGUGUGCCGAGCAGCUAAAACAGGUCGAGGAGUUUAUCAAACAAGCACGACAAUCUGAUCGAAUACUUCGUGACAGGAUUCGACUCGAAAUACCCAUAAAUGAUAUAGAAGAAGAAAAUGACGGUAGUAUAGAAGAUGUAACGGAAAUUGAUGCACAUAGCAUUUCGGAUGAAUCACAUUUAGAUUCGAGGGAAGUUCACAAUUCCAGCUCUGAAGAUCAUGAUGAUGAUGAUGAGGCCAAUGAAAGUGACUGGAAUGAAAGCAAAGCUUACAUUUCUAGAAAAAGAACUCGCAAACGAGCUUCAGAGCCGGAUACGUCCUUGGAUGUAUUGGAGCACUUUGAAGUAAUUGACAUUGACAGCGAUAAACGGCUCUGUUGUGCUUGUUGGAAACAAUUUUCCAGCAGGGAAGAAUUGAAGGUACAUUGCGAUGAAAGUCAUAGAAAUGAUCAGUCUAAGCCGCGAAUCAAAAAAUUUUCAUGUCAAUUUUGUCACAGUAGUUAUUCCUCAGAAAUCGCGGUAGGUGCUCAUGUACGAAAAAUGGCAACCGUUAGAACUGUUUACGAAUGUAAAACAUGUGGCUCAAGAAUGUUAGAACGUCAAAAAUGUCUACAGCAUUUAAGAAUACACCUAAAAAAGAAGCCCACUAGAAGUAAAAAGGAAAAACUCAGCCUACCAGAGCUCUACGCAAAGUUUGGAAGAAUAUGUUGUGCACUGGGAUGCACGGAAAUAUUCGACACCGAAAGCCAGCUGCUCACUCAUGCCCACACUGUUCACAAGGUGAAUAAGGUAGAAGGCGGAUUAACGUACAACGAAGGAAAACCAAUAGAAUGUCCAAUUUGCUUCAAACGGUUCAAACAGGAAGAUAGUCUGGAGCGACAUCAGCGCUUCAAGUACAAUGAAACGUCCAACAUUUGCACGCUUUGUGGGGCCAAGUUUCCCACGCUGACAUCCCUGACCAUUCACGAGCGCAGUCACACCAAAGAGAAACCGUUCGAGUGCGAAAUUUGUUCGAAAGGAUUCGGCGAUAAGCAAAGUCUGAAGCGUCACUACGUAAAGCAUACGGACGAUAAACCGUUCGUUUGCUCGAUCUGUGGAGUUUCAUUCAAGAGGAAACGGGCGAUGCAGUCGCACAUGAUCAUCCAUGCACCGGGCGAACUUCCUUUCAAAUGCGAGGUUUGUGAGAAGCGGUUCCGCGUGAAGGCUAAGCUGUUGUAUCACAUGCGAACGCAUACGGGAGAGAAGCCUUACGGGUGUCGAUACUGUACCAAAUCAUUUGCCGAUUUUUCCAACCGUAUGAGACAUGAGCAUUCCCAUACAGGCGAAAAACCUUACAAGUGUUCCUACUGUCCAAUGGGUUUCAUUACAAAGCGGUUCUUACUGCAGCAUGAGAGAAACCAUACAAAAUCAGAGAAACAAGCAAGUGCUGACAUCGUACAUUAGGACCAAAGUAUCCCACAACAUGGGCAACGACAACCAAGUCUGAGACCUGGUGCACUCACAAUUCGGUAGAGCAUUUCUUGAUCAACUGUGCUACAUUGGCAGACCUAAGUCGUCAACACGGGAUUAGAAGUAGUCGAUAUGCACUGAUCAACGACCACGCGAGCCAAACCAGCAUUGGCGUAUCUAGAAUUUCUUCUUAGGGGGUGCCAGUUUCAGUGGCUUCCAGGUUGCUUUGCUUUUUUUUUUUGUAAAAAGAAAUACCAAUCCACCUUCAACUUCUUAGUACAAUGAUGUAGGGUAUCGCGCCACUUGGGCGGUGGCUUCUAUAUUCGUCUGUUUUCCACUAUAACUCAGUUAAUUUUGAACCAAUUGACUUGAAAUGUUGUACACGGGUAGAUACUAUACCUAUCUCACCAC